AUGAACUUAUUCAUCCUAUUUCUCUUCGCGUACGUGAACUGCCUACUGAUCUUACCGUAUGCCCAGACCAUUGGACAUGGUUCAUUGUACAAUACUUUAUCUGACAUUGGUGACAAGAUUCCUGUGAUUCAAUCAAUUAGUGACUUGACUCCUAGCAAAUUGCAAAGAUACAGUAUUUUGAAAGUCAACGAUACCAAUUCAAUAAUUCUAAACGAAUUCUUGGCUCAAAAACUUGACUAUCCCGAUUCAAGUACAACUAUUUCAUCCGAAACUCCACGGUUUGUUGAAAUCAUGUAUAACGACUCAUACGUUAUCCAAGAAGACGGUCAAUGGACCCCUUUAGGUCCUUGUCACUCAAACGCUCGUUCUGAUACCAAGGCAGAGGUUUUCAGAAGCUGGACUGCCACUGGUGGAGGCUCGGUUCUGGCUUCUGUUUCGAUAUCGCAGGUCUUCGGUUUCCAUCCAGAAUAUCUGAUAUCCAGCAAUUGGGGCUCCAGUAUUUCGGGUACCGUUAGUUGUGUGGUGGGGCCUCGGGAAAAGCUUCAGUUUAUGCUUUACAUGAACUCGCUUUUGAUUCAUGGUGUCAAACGGAGAAUUAUCAACUUGCCUUCAAAAUACUGGUUGCUGCGGUCGCUCUCGUUUGGUGAAUGGGAAGACGUAGCAACUAUGACAAAACUCAAAAAGAUGGUCAAAACAGCAUGUAUAACCGAUCCCAAGUAUUUACAAUGCAAUUAA